CCAUUUGUAGUAUCUUGCGAGGGGCAUGGCAGACAUCACGGGCUUCCACGGAUGCCAGGGUUUUCCAUAUCCUUGUUUGCGUCCCUCGUGGUGCUUGCUCAGGCAAACAGCUGGAUUCAGCUGAGCCCGAAUGGCUCGGCACCCAGCGGGCGCUACAGACUCCCCGGAGCCUACAGCGAGACAGCCGAUGCCUUCUUCGUCUUCGGCGGCAGGGAUUCCGGAGACAAAAAUCUCGGCGACCUGUACAUCUACGAGCGCCAGGCCAACCAGUGGACCGAGCCGAGCCCGAGUGGCUCUGCACCCAGCGCCCGCUAUGGCCACGGCGCGGCCUACAGCGACUUCACCGACGCCCUUUAUAUCUACGGCGGCCAUGAUGGCACCAGUAAUGUCAACGACCUGCUCAUCUACGAGCGCUUCGCAGACCGCUGGGACUCCGUGGUCCCCAAGAGCGGCUCUGGGCCCGCCGUCUCGGGUCACACGGCGACCUACAGCGAGACCGCCCAUGCCCUUCUGGUCUUCGGCGGCUGGGUGCCCGGCGGCGCGUCCGACGAGCUGCACCUCUUCGACUUUUGGGGAAACAGCUGGACCCAGCUGAGCCCGACUGGCUCGGCACCUAGCGCCCGCUAUUCGCACUCCGCGGCCUACAGCAAGACCGCCGAUGGCCUUGUCGUCUUCGGUGGCUUUGAUACCAGCAGUGCUCUCAACGACCUGUACAUCUACAACAGCAAGGAUGUUGACUGGGUGCGGAUAAUCCCAAGCGGCACGGCACCCGCGAUUCGCUAUUGGCACACGGGGGCCUACAGCGAGACUGCAGAUGCCCUCCUGGUAUUUGGUGGCUUCAGCGGUGCCAGUUCUCUCAACGACCUGCACAUCUACAAGCGCCAGGACAACAGCUGGAGCCAGCUGAGCCCGAGCGGCUAUAUCAGCGGCCGCUGGGGGCACGCUGCAGCCUACAGCCAGAGUGCCGAUGGCUUUCUGGUUUUUGGCGGCGAUAACGGCGGCUAUGUCAACGAUCUGUAUUUCUACGAGCGCCAGGGAACGACCACGACGUCGGUGUCCAGCACGCAGACAACAUCCACGUCGACUUCUGUCAGUCAGACGACAUCCACAACGACGUCGGUCAGUCAGACAACAUCCACGUCGACGUCUGUCAGUCAGACGACAUCCACAACGACGUCGGUCAGUCAGACAAUAUCCACGUCGACAUCUGUCAGUCAGACUACAUCCACAACAACGUCGGUCAGUCAGACGAAAACCAUAUCCACGUCGACAUCUGUCAGUCAGACGACAUCCACAACGACGUCGGUCAGUCAGACGAAAACCAUAUCCACGUCGACAUCUGUCAGUCAGACGACUUCCACUACAAGCGCAUCGACCAGCACCAUAAGCGGCACGACAUCAAGCACCGGAACAAGCACACGCUCUACCAGCAGCGCUGAGGCGAACAAGACAGCGGCCAGCAGUGCUGACAUCAUCAAUGAGCUGCAGCACAGUACCAGGGCAGUGGUAAGUCAGUUGACGGACGCCGCUAACGAAUCUUCGACAGCGACUGUCUUCACAGAUCUUGGGCUUGUGGCAGCUGUCCAGUUGCCCAGCUCUUCAAUGAGCCUGCGCUACGAACUCAUCAGCCCAGAGGGGAGCUCGGCCGUAGCUGUGCUCCCUAUGGAGCCACUACAGCAGGCCUUGGGAGAUCUCGAGGAUACCGCGGUGGUCGUGGCCACAUUGGACGGUCCGCGUGCCGAGAGCCUGGUCGAUGGAAAAGUUUGGACGGACACCGGCCGGCCGAUCCAGGCUGUUGCGCCGGCCGUGGACGCCUCGCUGGUCGACCGGCGCACGUUGAGCGUCAGGGAGGUCCGGCUAACGACGCCCAUCUACUUGCGAGUCGCAGACGUGGCGCCCGAGCCGAACUUCAUCUGCGCGUACUUCGACGGCGAGUUCUGGUCCACGCAGGGCGUGCGUCUGGCGACAGUCGAAGAGCUGCAGGCCUUCGGGUCUUUGGCGACCAUGAACAUUUCGGGCGGCGUCUGGUGCGCAACGCUCCAUCUGUCCAUCUUCGCUGUCUUCAUCGACAUCCUGCUCGACUGCACGAACGCCAACAUGUUGACGCCGGAGGGGAUAAAGGAGAUCGUGGAGAGGACCGACUGGUGGGCGCGGCCCCCGGCCCUGGGACUCUGGCUGCUGCUUUCCCUGUCGCUCCUCCUUGUGGCCUUCGGCUGCCUCCUCGAUGCGCGCACCUGGCGCUCGGGGCUCUGGCGAGAUGAGUACUUCCACGGCGACCUCCCCCCCUCCCUGAAGCAACCAGGGGGCUGCCGGCGCUGCAUCGCCUGCGCCAAAGAUUCCGCGGGGCAUCCGGAGCAUCCCACGCCCACCGUGCCGGAGGGGCCCUUGGCCCACAGCAGCACUCCGUCGCUUCGUCACAUCGUCUCAGAGUCGCCCAUGCAGCUGCAGUUCAUGCUUCAGAGGGCGAAGCCAACGCUCAUGGACGGCCUGGAGGAGCAGACCAUCUGUCGCAACACCCUGUGGGAGGCUGCCCGCAGGCACGGGCUGCACAAUAGCUCCAUCGAGAUGCACAUCUGGGGCCAGAGGGGCUGGGUCCCAGGCAGCUUAGCCACGCAGAGGUCCCCGCUGUUGAAGGAGAUGGCGCUGCAGAUGGAGGAGAGCUUGCCAUCCGCUUUCGUGAGAGUCCACACAUCCCGCUGCCAUCGACUGUGGGCAGCGCUGGUGGCGACCCAUCCCGUGUACGAGCUUUGCCUGUGUGACCUGCACAUGACGUCGGCAAAGAGGGCAAAGAUCACAGUGAAUUGCAUUCUUGGAUCAUUGGCCUUCGUCGCCCUUUUCUUUUCCGUUGAUGGCUCAGCAGUGGCAGCAAGAAGCCCCGCCGACUGCCCCAUCGAACAGGGAUCCUUAUGGUGGUACACCUUCGUGGUGCUCUUUUCCGUGAUGCUGAGCUUCCUUCCGCGCAGCCUGGAAUACCACCUCGCAUGGCGCAGCUUCGUUCGGGAAAGGCGGAAUCGGCGCUGGCAGCUCUUCAGUCGGCGCUGCAAGGACUUCGGCUUCUGGUUUUCUAGCACCGCCCUCUCAUUCUUCUACCUGCUUGUCAUCAUGGCUUUCCUGGCAGACUUGGCAGAGGCAGACGAGUUCAAGUGGAUGUUCACCUUCGCAGUAGUGAUCGUGCGAAAGCUUUUGCUCGUACCAUUGACGGCCUGCUUGUUGUCCGGACUCGGCACCGAACUGGCCAUCGCACGCUCUGGCGAGCCGAUCCCACCAAAGAAACUUGGCCUUGACCUCCAACUCGCUUCCUCCAGCGGGUCCUCCGAUGAUGCCCGCAUCGCGCCAACUGAGCCUGGUAGUGAUCGACAGGUGGUCUGGGAUCGGAAGGUGCAGGAGCUGGCUGGCCGGGGCCUGUCGAUCCGGCAGCUGCUCGACUUCUACGCCAGCCUGGGCUAUGGCAGCAUGGAGCACUUCGACCCCGUCAUGUCGACGACACAUGACGUUGUGCGGCAGGCCAUCAUCCCACGAUCCUUGCAGCUGCGAGAGUCGCGCUGCUUCGUGGUGCAGGUCCAUCAGGCCUCGCUUGAUGCCACGUCGGCAUCCGAGCCUUACUGUACUCUGGCCGUGAAGGGGCCCGGAGCGGUGACGAAGCCUUGGAAGGGCGCGGGCCGCACGGCUUGCGCCCAAAGCCCGAAUCCGGUUUGGGAGGAGGCUUUUCUGCUGGAGGACCUCUAUGACGAUGACAGCCUAACCGUCAACAUCCUUUCCGGCCACGAUCAUCUUGGCAGCGUCUUCCUGGCCGCAGAGACCUUCUGGCAAGGCCUGACCGUGGACCAGCAGUGCAGCGACGCAGGGGGCAACCUCAGGGUGUCCAUCACAGCUUUUGCGACCCGCGAAAAAGCCAGAGAGGCGAAGGAGGCCAUGCACGCCACGAGUAUUUCUGGAUCGACAUCUGGGAUUGCAUCCGUGCAGGGGCAGAUGACCAGUCACGUCGACCUUGGCGAUGCGGCCGACGUGGACGAGCUUACCACGGUACGUUCCGGCUUCACUCCAAGAAAGAUUGCCCGCAAUGCUUCGCGAGGGAUUCUGGCAGAACAGGAGGAGGAAGCCGUGUACAGGGGGUACGCCUAUGCCACAGUGGUCAGUGGCGGCCGGGCCCACUUGGCAGUCAAGAUGGUUACGCAUAGCUGGCGGAACAAGUUUGCCCACCUCUUGGCCGCAAUCCUUGCUGAUGCCUUGGAGGCGGAGAUGUACCUCGAGCUUGCACAGGACCUGGCCGAACGCAACUUUCUCAAGCUGGCCGAGGCCUUGCGGAAGAGGAAGAAGCUGGAUGUCCGCUACUGGGUCUGUGCCUUCUCGGUGAAUCAGCACACUGGCAUCUGCGCGACCCCGCCACCAGCGGACUCAACGGGCCAUGCCAUUACCCCCUGCGGCUGUUCAACCGAGAAGCACUUUACCGGGGAUCUCAGCGAGAUGAACAAGUUCGAUGACAUGAUGGCCUACCUCAAGACAUCCCUGCGUCGCCAGGGCAAGGCUCGCUUGGAGCAGGUAGUGGCUCUGGAGGCAGAUUUCUCCCUCUUCACACGUGUGUGGUGCCUGGCUGAGCUCGUAGAAGCACGCGAACUACACCUGCCACAGGCGAUGAAAAUUCACUCCACGGCAGCUCGCGACCUUUGCUUGGACAGGCUGGCUCGGCUGGAUGUCAGACAAGCGGAAGCGUCCUUCCCUGCAGACAAGGACCUGGUCCUCAGUAAAAUCACUGACCCGGACGGCUUCAAUGUGGGUCUCCAGGAUCUCGUGCUGCAUCGCCUGGACACGUUCCUGCAGGGCAACCGAGCUCACACUGCUUCCACGCUCUUCGAUGAGCUUGUUCUAGCAACGCUUAGUGUCGUCCUCUAG